AACAAAGGAACCCCGGUGAUUGCAGAUCCCGAUCAUCCACGUGGCUUCCCAUGGCGAUGCCGUGGCAUCGUGUCCGCCCCCGUGUGUUUUGCUGCUUCUCCAUCGUAACUGCACGGACACAAACUGUCGGGAAAGACGAAGAAGAAGAAGAAGAAGAAGAAGCAGGAGAAAGAAGGAAGCAGCAGCAGCAGCAGCAGCUUUGGUGAUUUCGCGAGAACGACGCCAAUGGGCAACUCCCAAUCCCAAUCGCCCCCCGCCCAUCCUCGCUUUGCCUCUGCCUCCAGAGCUUUCACCCAGAAGGAAUUGGAAGAUCUCAGAUCGGUGUUCGUUUCUCUGGCCGCCCAAUCCCAGGUCAAUGGCCAUCACGUCUCUCUCCCUGUUUUCCAGGCAUAUUUUCAGCUCCAUGUCCCUCUGAGCGAGAGGUUGUUCGAUUUGAUUACCCAGAAAAGGAAAGAUGGGCAGCUUAACUUCGAAGACCUCGUCAUUGCCAAGGCUACUUAUGAAAAAGGGACGAGAGAUGAGAUUGAGGAGUUCAUCUAUCAGUUACUAGAUGUGGAUGAUGAUGGAAACGUGACGAGGUCUGAUCUGGAAUCUGUUAUGAUCACAGUGUUUGACAGUGUUUUUAGUCCCAAGAGGGUUCAAACCGGAGGGAGUCCAAAACAACAGGAUCUUCGCAUUUUUCUUGAUUCUGCAAAUUUCUCAGAGAAUGUGCAAGGAUAUGGUGACCAAAGUAUGUCGUUAGAGGAUUUGAGAAGAUGGUUUGCGGUUGUGCCGUCGGUUAGGAAGUUCCUUGGAAGCUUGUUGGUGCCUCCCAAUUCAGGUUCUCUUUCCCCAGGAAGACCGGGUACUCAAGUUCCUCGUCUAUCAUGUUGGAAUAACAUUGAUUCUGCCGAGAUCAUUUUAAAGGAAGAGUAUGCUUGGCAUAUAGGUGGUGUUCUCUCGGAGGAAGAGCUCGAGCAAUGGAAACUCUUGUACCACAGUUCUCUCAAUGGCCUCAGUUUCAACACAUUUUUGGGGAGCAUCAACAACAGCGAAGGGCCAACAAUCUUAAUUAUUAAGGACAGAGAAGGCCAUAUAUAUGGAGGCCACGCUUCUCAGCCUUGGGAGAGGCACAGUGAAUUCUAUGGAGAUAUGAAGUCUUUCCUUUUCCAGCUUUAUCCUCAUGUAUCCAUAUAUAGACCUACUGGAGCAAACAGAAAUGUACAAUGGUGUGCAGUAAACUUCAGUUCGGAGGAUAUCCCAAACGGGAUUGGUUUUGGAGGGCGCGUGAAUCACUUUGGCCUCUUCAUUUCAGCGAGCUUCGACCAGGGGCAGACGUUUGCAUGCACGACGUUUGGUAGCCCCUGCCUUUCGACGGCCAACCGAAUUCUCCCAGAAGUGAUCGAGUGUUGGGGAGUCGUCCAAAAGAAGCAACAAGAAAAGCAGGAUGCUGUAAGAGGGACUGUGUUGGAGAGAUUCAAGGAGGAUCGCCAUAUGCUUAACAUGGUCGGUCUCGCAAAUUCUAGCGAGUAAUGAGAAGGCUUGAGAUAUUGGCAGUGAAGAUAAAUGAUAUCAAUCAUCGAUAUGAUGAAGUAGAGAUAUUCCGUGAUUCAAGCCUGGCUACUUUAGUAAUGGCUACACAGACCUUUGCCCGUCGAGCUAUCCAACCAAUCGGCAGUUUGGUGAAUCAUUAGGGCCUGCCUUCAAUUGGCGGUGGGCGAAUUGAAUCCAGGGCGUGCCUUCGAUUGGAGCAUUUAAUGUUCGAUCAAAUUCAGAAGGUUGGACUGUGACGUCUUGCUUUCCUGGGUUGGCUUCCACUUGUAGGACUGGACCAAAAGAUUUUAAGAAUCACAAACAUCAGUAGUGAACUUAGGUAGCAGGAUAAGUUUGUCUGAUCUUGCUUUUCAUGGAUGUUGUGUCUUUGAACGCCAUAGGCGAUAGACCGGAAAAUUAUCAAAAAAGUUCUAAACUUAUUGCACUUGUGUCAAUU